AUGUCUAAGAGAGGUCGUGGCGGUGCCGCCGGCAACAAGCUGAAGAUGACUCUCGGUCUGCCCGUUGGCGCCGUGAUGAACUGCUGCGAUAACUCCGGUGCUCGCAACCUGUACAUCAUCUCCGUCAAGGGUAUCGGUGCCCGCUUGAACCGUCUCCCCGCUGCCGGUGUCGGAGACAUGGUCAUGGCCACCGUCAAGAAGGGAAAGCCCGAGCUCCGCAAGAAGGUUAUGCCCGCUGUCGUUGUCCGCCAGAGCAAGCCUUGGCGCCGCCCCGACGGUAUCUACCUGUACUUCGAGGACAACGCAGGUGUUAUCGUCAACGCCAAGGGUGAGAUGAAGGGUUCCGCCAUCACUGGUCCCGUCGGAAAGGAGGCUGCUGAGCUCUGGCCCCGUAUUGCCUCCAACUCCGGUGUCGUUAUGUAA